GUAGAGCGCGGCGCGGCGCGGCCGAGGGGCGCCCGGGACUGCGCGGGGCGGGCGGCGGCGGAGGGAGGAGGGGAGAGAGGCGGGGCCGGGGCGGGUUGUUGUGAGGCGACUGCGCUACUGCCGGAGCGGGGCGGUCAUGGCGGCUCCAUAUUAACAGCCUCCUCCUCCUCCGCCGCCGCCGCCGUCGUCUCCUCCUCCUCCUCCUUUCCCUCCCGCCCGCGCUCUAAGCCAUCUCCCCCUUCACCCUGACGCCUACCUCUUUCCCUCACCUUUCCCCCUCCCCUGUUCUACCAUGCCCGGCAUGAUGGAGAAAGGGCCCGAGUUACUGGGGAAGAACCGAUCGGCCAACGGCAGCGCCAAGAGCCCGGCAGGCGGCGGCGGCAGCGUUGCCUCGUCCACCAACGGCGGGCUGCACUACUCAGAGCCCGAGAGCGGCUGCAGCAGCGACGACGAGCACGAUGUUGGGAUGAGAGUCGGAGCCGAAUACCAAGCUCGGAUCCCUGAAUUUGAUCCAGGUGCUACAAAGUACACAGAUAAAGACAAUGGAGGGAUGCUUGUAUGGUCUCCAUAUCACAGUAUCCCAGAUGCCAAAUGCCCAUGAAGAAUGAAAAAACCUAGGAUCUGAUGGCAUUGCUGCUUAAAUCCUCAAGCAGGGGAGGGAGUUACUAUGUAGACAUCUGCCCAGGCUUUUCCUCAGUAUAUGGAGCGGUAAAGACAUGCCUUCAAACUUCAAAGAGCCCACUAUCAUUACCAUUUUAAAGAGGAAAGGGGAAAGAACUGACUUCAGCAGCCAUCAGGUCAUCUUUGUGCUCUCCAUUUCUGGACGGAGACCUUCUGGAUCAUUGACCAUGCACUUCUUGAAUCAUGGUGUGGCUUUAGACUUCAAUGUGAUGUAGCGGACCUGAUCCUUUGCGGCACAUCAGAUAUAGGAAACGUGCAGUGGAUGAAUACAUUGCAAUUGCAAAGGAAAAGCAUGGCUACAAUGUGGAACAGGCACUUGGCAUGUUGUUCUGGCAUAAACAUAACAUUGAGAAGUCCCUUGCUGAUCUCCCUAAUUUCACUCCCUUUCCGGAUGAGUGGACAGUGGAAGAUAAAGUCCUAUUUGAACAAGCCUUUAGUUUUCAUGGAAAGAGCUUUCACAGGAUUCAGCAAAUGCUUCCAGAUAAGACAAUUGCAAGCCUUGUAAAAUAUUACUAUUCUUGGAAAAAAACUCGCUCUAGGACAAGUUUGAUGGACCGCCAGGCUCGUAAACUAGCUAAUAGACAUAAUCAGGGUGACAGUGAUGAUGAUGUAGAAGAAACACAUCCAAUGGAUGGGAAUGAUAGUGAUUAUGAUCCCAAAAAAGAAGCCAAAAAAGAGGGUAAUACUGAACAACCUGUCCAAACUAGCAAGAUUGGACUUGGAAGAAGAGAGUAUCAGAGUUUACAACAUCGCCAUCAUUCUCAGCGUUCUAAGUGCCGUCCACCUAAGGGCAUGUAUUUAACCCAGGAAGAUGUGGUAGCAGUUUCCUGUAGUCCCAAUGCAGCCAACACCAUCCUGAGGCAACUGGACAUGGAGUUGAUCUCUCUAAAACGUCAGGUUCAGAAUGCUAAGCAAGUAAACAGUGCACUUAAACAGAAAAUGGAAGGUGGAAUUGAAGAAUUCAAACCUCCUGAGUCAAAUCAGAAAAUUAAUGCCCGUUGGACCACAGAGGAGCAGCUUCUAGCAGUGCAAGGUGUCCGCAAAUAUGGUAAAGAUUUUCAAGCUAUUGCAGAUGUAAUUGGCAACAAGACUGUUGGCCAAGUGAAGAACUUCUUUGUAAACUACAGGCGUCGGUUUAACUUAGAGGAGGUAUUGCAGGAGUGGGAAGCAGAACAAGGAACCCAGGCUUCUAAUGGUGAUGCUUCUACUUUAGGGGAGGAGACAAAAAGUGCUUCUAAUGUGCCAUCAGGGAAGAGCACUGAUGAAGAAGAGGAGGCACAGACCCCACAGGCUCCUCGGACACUGGGUCCAUCACCUCCUGCCCCAUCAUCCACUCCAACACCAACAGCCCCUAUUGCCACUCUGAACCAGCCUCCACCACUUCUUCGUCCAACACUGCCUGCUGCCCCCGCUCUUCACCGGCAGCCUCCUCCACUCCAGCAGCAGGCUCGGUUCAUCCAGCCCCGGCCAACUUUAAAUCAGCCUCCACCACCUCUUAUUCGCCCUGCUAAUUCUAUGCCACCCCGUCUAAACCCAAGACCGGUGUUGUCCACGGUUGGUGGUCAACAGCCACCAUCACUUAUUGGAAUUCAGACAGAUUCACAGUCCUCACUGCACUAAAAAUUAAAUUGGACACAGCUGCAGUAACUUUUCACCCCAUCAUUAUACCAGUGCUCAUCUGACUGAUGAAAACGAGGAAAGAAUAAUCAUUUCUAGAUACUGAGGCUGCGAACUAGUUCUGUGGCAGUGGACUAGCAUAAGUGGAUGUCUGAGAAAUUUUUCAGUUCACUAGACUAAAAUGCUAUACAACAAAAAGCCUCCAGUUAGCCUCCUUUCUACAGUAUAUGUUCAGCAAUGUUGAUCUCAUAAAAGGAAAAAAAAAAAAGAUUUAAGUAUUCUAUAUACCAAGUUUUUGUUUUGUUUUUACUGUAUUUAUUUUAUUGAGGUUCUUUAUAUUCCUGCCUCUUCAUAGUCAAGGCUCUUAGUACAGGAAUAUUGACUUAGGAAUUGUGAAAACUCCUUAAAUUUCUUAAGUUAAGGAUGUUUGGCUUUUUUCUUUAAUUUAAUUUUUUAAAAACCAUUUUCCUAUGUUAGGAGUGCAAGAAUAGCCAGCAUUUCAGAUUUUGACAUAUGUUCAUUUUAUGCAUAUUUAAGAAAUUAUAGCUGCAUAUCCCUUCUUUCAAAAAAUGUUGCUUUUUUUCUAAAGGAAUUUUAAUAUGUUCCUUUAAAAGAAAGCAAUUUAAUCAAUUGCAAAGCAAUUAUAUAAAACCACAAAGAAUGUACUGAACCUACUAACCCUUUAACAUACAGUUUAGGGUCCUAGCACAGAGUCCUUGUUUAAAGGUCAUUGACUCAUCAUCUAUCAGUAAUGAGAGGAUUGGAAGAAUAAUUUUGCAUACAAAUGAGGACUUAAUUUGAUGAAAUAUAAUCUCUUUAAGUUCCUUGAAAAUGGAGUUGGUUUUUUUUGUUUCUAAAUGCUAUCUGCUUUUAACUAGUAGUUGCCUACAUCUGGGGACUUCAGAGAAGAAUUAUAUUUUGUUAGUUAUGUAGACACAGUGGUUAUGGAAGCAUUUCUUUACAGUACCCUUUUCGUGUUUGGUUUCUGAACUUAAAAUUGCCCUCAUACUUAAUAAUAUGGUCUGCAUUUAAUAUGAAAGGUGUUUUCUUGAUAAAUCUGUUGUACUAUUUGGAUACAUUUGUGUAUUCCUUGCAGCCAACCUGUAUUCGUGGGAUUGGUUUAGGGUUAAAUCAUCAACACUAUUUCAUAAAAUAAAUUUAAGAAUUUGUUCUGUAUUAUCUAAAGAUGUAUCAGUAUAUUGUCACAGUUGUGCUGUUAACUAAAAAUGCUGAGACCCCUUUUUAUAGAAAAACAAAAAGACAUCAAGUCUUCUUAAUUCAACCCAUAAUCAUUAAGUACUUAACAAAGAAUAUUUUACAAGUGAUAGUAUUUCAACAAUGUGUAAUUAAUAUUUUUGAUACAGUGAUUUCAUAUUGGAAUCAUUAUUUGUGCAAAGGGACAGACAGAUCACUUAGAUUGCUAUACUAGUGGACAUAGGCUAAAUGUUUGCACAUUCACAUUCUUAUCACGUGUAGAAUACUUCACAAAAUAGUCAACAUCUAAGGCCCUAAUUUAUGUUUUGAAAGAUCAUGUGUUCCCAAAAUACUCCCUAUCAUUGUCUCCACAGCCUUAAAGUGCUAUAGAUUUAAAUUCAUUGAUUAGUUUUCAUUUUUAAUUUUAGACUGCUUCUUUCCAUAAAUACCCUAUGUACUGGCAUAUCUGAAACUCUUUUUCCAGGUUAGGUCCUUUUCUUUCUCAUUGAAUCAUCUUAGAUAGUUCUUGGCCCUGAAUUUAGCUGAUUUAAAAUUCUUAAUAUUCAAGAAUUUAUACUUAUUUUUUCUUUAAAAGCCACAGGGGACAGUUAUAUAUCUUAAAAUAUCUAAAGCAUUUUUUAGAGCGCUUACAUUGUCUUACGUAUGUGCAUACUAUACCUUUACAGCGUUUAUUGUCUUGUCUCUUGUCAGUAGACCUUCAGUACACAGUAUGUGGGAUAUGUCAGUCAAGUUGGUCAGCACCAGCAUCUGUCCAGCUGUUCAGUAUAUUGUGAUUCAUUAAAAAAUCUGUUCUAUCCCAGACAUGGGCCAAGGUGCUGUAUCUGAGGGAUGUGCUGUAAUUUGAUUUACAUGCAUUAGAGCACACAGUAGAAAAACCUUAGCUUCAUUGGUAAUAUGACACAUGUAUAUAGUGAGAUGUCUUUAUUGUGUGCUUUGCAUAUUUUGUAAAUAUUUUGCACGUCAUUAUUUUUCUUUUUUGUUUAAGCAGUGUUUGGCCUGGAAGAGUGAUAUGCUUGCUGCUUAAUCAAAGGAUUAAAGAUUUAAAGAUGUCUAUGUCUUCUAUUUUUAUAUAAUUUCAUGUUCUAUGAGGAAUUUAGUACCUCUUCACUGUGAAAUUCGAAAUAAUGAUUUUUAUAAAAGCAAAACUAGAAAUCUUUUAAUGACAAUUUUCAUUAAUUUCAGGGUUAUCAUUUUUGAAAAAUCUACACCAAAGUGGUUUUUUAAAAUUACAUAACUAAAAAUAAAUCACACUGUGGAUACAUCUUAUAAAACUAA